AUGUCGUUUGAUAAGCCAAGAUCCGUUCGACAGUUCCUUAUGAAUGUUCCACCUCCAUCAAAAAGUGUUCAAGAUGACCGUAUACUCGAUGAAAUGAACAAACUCUAUCAACAAAAGCUGGUUCAAAAGGCAGCAAUACAAGCACAGCCAAAGCCAACAAUUGCUCAAAUCAUUCGUCGCAACUCUUUGAAAGAAGCCGAAAAGCGCAAAUUAUUCAGUGAAAAUGGCCCUCUUUCUGAAAUUGACCCUGCAUCAGAUCGUCUUGCUGUUCCUGUCAAGAAGUUCAAAAAGCCAUCUUGCAGAAUCAGCACAGCAUCUCCACCACCUUUGUCUUCAGCUUCGUCGACUCUAGUACCUAAAUCAGCAUCUCCAUCAUCAGAACCAGCUGGUCCCAGUGAAUCAUCAAAAGCAAUUCAAAUCCUCACACAGGAUUUGACGAGACGUGGCUCUGAACCCAAGAAGUCGCCUGAGAAGUCUAAAAUUACUCCCAUCGAUGACAUUCUUGACAGCAUCUUUCAAUCCGCUGAGAAAACCAAAGUAACCUCACAAUCAGUGUCACCGCCUUUAUUAGAGGGCAGCUCUUCCAAACCUGUGUCUCCCCUUUCAAAUGUUGAUCGCUCACCAAAGUCAAGUUUACUAUCUCAAAGUGUUAGCAUCCCACCAAAGGCCGCUCCAUCACAUCAACCUGCAGUUAGCACUGUUGAUGCAUCUGCUGUUCAGCCGCCAUCAGCCUCAGCAUUGAAUUCUGUUCCUCCAACGAUCAAUAGUUCAACAGCCUUGCCGCAGUCUGUGUCUCCAAACCACCUCGGUCUUUCCAAUGCUAUCAAUGCAGCGCGCUCAGUUGCUCCCUGGACUACUGUCAAGGAAUCACCAAUUCACUUACAAGCGCCAGUUGCUGCAACUAAUCAAGCCUUGCCUCCUAUUGAUGUCUCUUCGCUGUCAAGUCCUCCUUCUUCAGCUCAACAAAGCAGUAAUUUGCCAGUAUUGUCAACAUCGUUAGCUGCUCAAUCAACUCGACCUCGAGACAAACCUAAGAAAAUAUCGAAAAAUCAGCAAAAGAAACUUCGACAAGCCGCAAAGAGGGCAGCCAACGCAGCCAAAGAACAUGCAGAUAACCGUUCCUAUAAUCCCAACAACCUUGAGGACGCUGAUUUUGACACAUUACUUCAGUUACAUGAAAAGUCUGCCAGCACCAAACCAUCAGAUCAACAAAGCGGUGAAAAUGCCAAGCCGAACAAGAAUAAAAAGAACAAAAAGCAGAACAAGGCUUCCAAUCCUCAGAUUAAUAUAAAUGCGAAUCAACACAUCCAGAGCCAAGCAACAAAGGCCGCCAAUACAGUAGAUAAUCAAGCAGGCACUAUGCAUCAGCUUGGUAAUAAGCAAUUAUUAAACCACGCAUUAGGCCAACAACAAAACGCUGGAUCUCUGUCUGCUUCACCAUCAUCGACCCUCAACAACAGUGACAAGCCUACUCUGGAGGAUGUUGCUAGACAAAUAAUUGGCGCACCUAAACCAUUGAAGAGACCAAACGACAAUAAAGCAAAUCAGCAAAAGAAACGUCAAAAGACUAAGAAGGAAUUUGUGCCUCUCAUCACAUGUCGUUUCUUUGCAAAUGGACAUUGCAGUAAUGGCGACGCUUGCACCUUUAAACACGACAAAGAUGCUGUUAUUGUUCAAGACAAUCCCAAAAAGAAGAUUGUUUGCGAGUUCUUCAAAACUGGCUCAUGCUGCAAGUUUGAUGCUUGUCCCUUUUCACAUGAUUUGAAAUUGGAGCCCUGUCGCUUCUUCCACUUGAACAACAAUUGUAAAGAAGCCAACUGCCCCUACUCUCAUGAUCCUCUCACUGAUGACAUGCUGACAAAGCUUCGCAAACUUACUGGCCCUUGUCGAUACUACCAUUUCAAAGGGGUGUGCAACCAAGGUGAUCGCUGUCCAUUCUCUCAUGAUGAUGUGGAUAAAGCCGAACUUGAAAAGGUAGAGGCGAGUAUCCACCUUUGCACAUUUUAUCAUCUGGAGGGCGCCUGUGCAAAAGGAGAUGAUUGCUUUUACCUACAUCAAGAAGCAACCGCUGAGCAAAUUGCUGAAUUAAAAGCAAAACAUAAGUAG